GGCGCGUCGCUUGCUGCAUACCUGCAUACACACCACAAACAAACAAUCUGAUUGUCUCCUCUCUCCAACCCUUCUUCCACAACACUCUUCCCACAAUGUCCUGGAGACUGACAUACCUCAUCUUUGUCCUUCUCCGGCUCUACUUCACACUCUCGCCUUCCUACAUCCACCCUGACGAGCACUUCCAGGGUCCCGAGGUAAUCGCAGGCGAGAUCUUUGGCUGGAAUACUACAAAAACAUGGGAGUUCACCAGCGACCAGCCGAUCAGGAGUAUAGUGCCGCUCUGGCUCGCGUACGGCAUUCCAAUGACUAUCCUGAGGUGGUUUCAAGGGAGCGACGUUAGUCCUUAUCUUGUCUACUACUGUCUGCGCAUCUUCUUCUUCAUCGUCUCCUUCUCUCUGGAGGACUGGGCACUACAAGAGCUAGGCAGCACACAAAAAGUGCGAGCACAUUACCUUCUCUGCGCAGCGAGCUCGUACAUCACAUGGACCUUCCAGACCCAUACAUUUUCCAACUCUGUCGAGACCGUCGUGCUGGCUUGGGCUCUGGUGCUGAUCAAGCGGAUAUCCAGUCGCAAUUUCGGGCACUCUUCACAUUUUUGGUCUUGCGUGAUGCUCGGGGUGUUGGUUUCGUUGGGCGUGUUCAAUAGGAUAACGUUCCCCGCGUUUCUGAUCCUGCCAUGUCUAUAUCUGGUUCCUAAACUUCUCAAGUAUCCCGUGUCAAUUGCACUGAUUAGUGUGUCUGCGGUGUUGACAUCUCUAAUUGCAAUUUACAUCGACACUCGGUUUUACGGAUCCCCUGGGAUGGUAAUAACCCCGCUCAACAACUUUCUCUACAAUUCCGACCCCGACAACCUCGCGAAACACGGCCUGCAUCCUCGAUACACUCAUUUCCUCAUCAAUCUGCCCCAACUGCUUGGUCCGUACCUCCUCUUCACGCGGCCGCAGCUCUCGAUCCCAUUCCUGUCGGCGCUGUCAGGCACGGCCAUGCUCUCGCUCUUCCGGCACCAGGAAGCGCGGUUCCUGCUUCCCACGAUCCCGCUUUAUCUGACGACCGUCAAAUUCCCCAACGCGCUCAUGCUGCACCCCGGCCGACGGCGGAUGCUGCUAGGAGUCUUUGGGGCGUUUAAUUUGGCGCUCGCGAUGUUGUUUGGCGUGUACCACCAAGGCGGCGUGGUGCCUACGCAGGCGGCUCACAUCGGCCCACGGCUGGCGACGGCGAGCGACGUUGUCUGGUGGCGGACGUAUUCGCCGCCGGAUUGGCUGCUAGGCCGGAACUCGGACCUGGUUGGAUAUCUGCAUCGCGGAGGGGUCGACAACGCGACGGCGGCGGUCGAGCUGGUGAAGAAGGCGGAUGCGGGCGGUGGAGUGAGGAUUUGGGAUAUGAUGGGCUCGGACGGCGAGGUUGUUGACGCGCUGGUUGCCGAGCUCGUGAGGACGCGCGCCAAGAGCACGGACAAGGACGUGUUGGUCGUGGCGCCGCUUUCGGCGAGCGGGCUGUACAAAUUCCUGGCAAACCCGGAGCUACCGUACUAUCUACACCUGGAAUACAGCUACGCGCAGCACAUCAACAUGGACGAUUUCGGGGUCGAUUACGAGGAGGCGCGGUACCACAAGCGGAGGCAGGGCGAGAGUGAGAGUGAGGGUGAGGAGGGGUUGGGAUUUUGGGAUAAGGCGCGCGCGAUUGCGAUGCAGAAUCGGCCGGGGCUGGGGGUGUGGUCGGUCGUGAUGCGCGCGGAGGCAUAAAGGAGGAUGGGUGGAUGAGUAAAAGUCAUGAUACAGUUGCUUCUUUAAUGAGAUUUGCCUGAGAUUGUUGCGGACGGUAGCAGUUUAGUGCACUGUACAUAAUCCGUCUCUGAAUUGUAUCCCAAUUUAUUUACAGAAAUAGCAGUCAUGUGGGCGAUACACCGCGCAGGGGUGAUGGGCAAGUAGUAGCACUUGGAACAGAGCAGAUGCUCAUCAUCAUGUCUGAACAAGCCAUAAGCACACAGACAUAUACAGAUACAGACACAGAUGCAAGAUAGA